UGACGCACUGCUUACGCACUUCCCGGAAGUGCAGUGGGGAUAUAGGCCCCAUCGGUUCUACACAACUGCACACAUAAGCACUUAAUAAUAAUAAAUCUGUGUUUGUAUGUCAUGUUCAUGGAGUACUACCGCUAAUGCAUAUGGAGUGUCAAGAGGAAAAGCCAAUCAUCUAUACUAUGGAAAACAAGCCGAUUGUGACAUGUGCUGGAGACCAGGGCUUGUUUACAUCUCUCUAUACCUCACUGGCUCAGCAGCUUCCCAGGGAGCCAAUGGAGUGGAGGAGGACAUAUGGCCGUGCACCAAAAAUGAUCCACCUUGAAGCUAAUUUUGUCCAGUUUAAAGAGGAGCUCCUGCCUAAGGAGGGCAACAAGGCUCUGCUCACCUUCCCCUUCCUCCACAUCUACUGGACUGACUGCUGUGAUACAGAGGCAUAUAAGAGCUCAGUAAAAGAGGACAUGAUGCGCUGGCAGAACAGCUUGCGGGCCCACGGCUCAGCAGACUGGGUCAUCAUCGUCGUGGAGGCCAACGAUACUAAGAAGAAGAACAAGACCAACAUCCUGCCGCGGUCGUCUAUUGUGGACAAGAUCCGUAGCGACUUUUGCAACAAACAGAACGACAGGUGUGUGGUGCUGUCAGAUCCUCUGAAGGAUUCGUCUCGGUCUCAAGAAUCCUGGAAUUCCUUGUUGCUCAAGUUGCGAACUCUCCUCCUCAUGUCCUUCACCAAAAACCUGGGCCGCUUCGAAGAUGACAUGCGUACGCUCAGAGAGAAACGGACCCAGCCUGGCUGGAGCUUCUGUGAAUACUUCAUGGUCCAGGAGGAGCUGGCCUUUGUCUUUGAAAUGCUACAGCAGUUUGAAGAUGCCUUGGUCCAGUAUGAUGAACUAGAUGCUCUUUUUACUCAGUAUGUCCUUAACUUUGGAGCUGGUGAUACAGCUAACUGGCUCGGCUCUUUCUGCGCUCCAGUACGCAGCUGGAGUGGCCUGCUGCUUCGGCGGCCAAUUGACAUGGAGAAGAGGGAUGGGAUCCAGCGAGGCGAGGCCAGCCUCUUGGAUCUGAGGAGCUACCUGUUCUCCCGCCAGUGCACCUUACUCAUCUUCCUCCAGAGGCCCUGGGAGGUCACCCAGAGAGCCCUGGAGCUGCUGCACAACUGUGUCCAAGAGCUACACCUGCUGGAGGUGCCGGUUCUGGAGGGGGCGCUGGACUGCUGGGUUUUUCUCAGUUGCUUGGAGGUUCUGCACAGGAUUGAGGGCUGCUGUGAUCAGGCUCAGUUAGCUGCAAACUGCUCCCAUACUGUUGGCCUCUGGGCUUACGCAACUGACAAGCUGAAGUCCCUGGGGGAACUCUGUGGCCUGGUGUCAGAGAAGGGACCCACAUCUGAGGACCUGAACAGGACUGUAGAUCUACUGGCCGGACUUGGGGAUGAGAGGCCUGAGACCAUCAACAGUUUGCAGAGCCCUUACAAAAAGCUGAAAGAAGCUUUGUCGUCUUUGGAGGCUUUUGAAAGGCACUAUCUUGAACUCUCUCACGCUGCUAUGGAGAUGUACAGGGCCAUCAGCCGGCUCAGGUCUGCCAGACUAGUGGGAAAAAGCCUGGCUGAAUUCUACAUGAGGAAGGGAGACCCUGAGCGGGCUGAAACCUUCUUACAGGAAGCUCUGAAGUCGUACGUAUCUGAGGGGUGGAGCCUCCCUGUCACUCACACCAGGAAACAGGUUGCAGAGUGUCAGAAAUUGCUGGGCAGAACUGAGGACUACCUACAGACCAGUGCCUUGUUGGCUGGUGAUGUCAAUCUGACCAUGGAGGAGAGGAAGCACUUUUGUCAGGAAAUUCUAAAUUUUGCUGGGAAGUCUGCAGAUCACUCUCACAAACUGACUCUCAGCAUGGGCGUGUUUGCCCAGCUCACACGGCUACAGUUCCAUCCAGCUGCAGCCUCUGUGCACUCCGGAGCGGCCCUGCAGGUGGAGCUCACUCUGCAAUGUUUGAUGCCCAUUUCUGUGCGCAUACAGGAAGUAGCUGCUAGUAUUCAUUUUGAUGUGGAUCAUGGAGGGACACAUGGAAGGUCUACGGGAGUUCAGAGACAGACGAACCCAGGGACAGUAGAGUUUCACCAGGGGAACCCAUCAGUGGGCCCCCCCUCCUCCUCGACCGCAGGUCCGUCUUUAGAACUGGAUGAGAUCCAGGACAGGAGUCCUUCGGACAAUUCUCUCAACUCCACAGGACUGAUUUGUAAAAACGCUCACCUGUUUGUGCGUCGUCAUGACAACAGCUCGCUGCCGGACACGCCCAACUGUGUCAGCCCUCCUUCAGUUGUAAUGAAGGAAGGAGCACAGAUGCUGAAAAUGCAGGAUGUCACAUUAAAGCCUGGGAAUAACAGCAUCAUCUUCACAGCACCAAGUGGACAACCAGGUACUUACACGUUGCGUCAGCUGUGUGCCACGGUGGGUCAGGUGCAGUUUGUUCUGCCUCAUAUCUACCCCUCAGUCCAGUAUGAAGUGUAUUCUCAGGAGCCCCAGCUCACGGUGGAGCCUCUCUCAGAGCCGCUGUUAGCUGGUCUGCCUCAGACAGUGAAGUUCACUCUGCUGACGGGUCACUACAAUGUGAAGAAAGGAGUAGCUCUGCAGCUCAGCAACACCGACACCAUGCCCAUCCUGCCCUCCACCACCUGUACUGCCCGCAUCAGCAACCCUGCUGCUGAGCUGGUGGAUGAAGGCGUUCUCUCCAUCCAGUCAUCUGAGAAGGUGACCAGCAUUAGCCUGCCCCCGACCCCGCCCUACCACACUCUGGAAUUCCAGCUUGAGGUUCUGUGCAUCAUCCCGUCUGGGUCUGAGCGUCCUGCCAAUGAGAGGCUGACCAACGGGGAAGUUCGUCACCGACCGCGCAGCUACAGUCAUCCUGACACACCCAUGACUGCCAUCGACCAGAGAAUGUCUAUCGACUGUCCAUGGUCGAUCUACUCCACGCUGCUUGCCCUGACUUUCUACAUCCCCUUCAAGGCCAAACACUCACUGCUCUGUGCUGGGAACAGGAAGUACAUCCAGGUGUGUGUGCAGAAUGUGUCCGACAUGAACUUCAUGCUGGCAGGAGUGAAGCUGACAGAGAAGCAGCACGUAUCCCUGGAGCUACAGUCCCUCAACACUAAAACACAACAGCUUUUGUGCAAUAAGCACAGUAUGUUCUGCCUGUGGGAGGUGAGAUGGAAGGACGAUCUGCCCUCCUGUCUCCAGUGUGUUUUCUCUGCCAACUUCGCUCCCCUCAACCAAGACGUCUCUGCAUUCAAACCCUUCCACUACCAGUUCCAGCUCGAGAGAGUCACUACAUUGUACAGUGUGAGAGCUGAGAUCCUGCCUCCUGCCGGUGAGCAGCACUGUCGUUCUGGUCUCCUCUGUGGGCUGGAGGUGUGUAUAACACGACUGACUGAGCCUGCUGAAGGAGAAAUGGCAGACGAGAAGACGGACACUGACGGCCUCAGAUCCACCAAACUUAUGUAUGAAGUGGCUGACAGCAGCAGUAACUGGGCGGUGUGUGGGAAAAGUUCAGGGAUGGUGUCAAUGCCUGUUACGGCCAAUGCCACCCACAAGGUGCAGAUCGAGGUGAUGCCUCUGUUUGCAGGACACCUGCCCUUCCCCAAGAUCCAAGUGCUGAAGUACCUGCCUCACACUGCAUCAGUGCCCAUUCAGCCAGACCCAGACAGCUGCGUUGAGAACGACAGCCUGUCCCUAUUGGACAAAGCACUGGAUGACCAGGGGGACACUGCGAGUAUCCGCAGUCGGGGAAGCGUCCACUCUGUGGGCAGCGGUGACCAGCAGCAGAAGGGUGUGGCCAUGCCACGCCUGGAGCCCUUCAGCCCUGGACAGGUGUUUAACCACAGUCACGCACAGCAGGUCCUAGUGCUGCCCGCCACUGAUGACCACAUCAUGGAGGUCAAUGCUACAUGACCCUGAUGGUGAGACAACCCCACCAAUUGUUAUAGGACUGAACCUAGGCCCUGGAUGGACUCUGCAGAGCUUUUGUUCCAGGGCAGAUGGGGUCCAUGAGUCCAUGUCGAAGACCGCUGCAGAGUGCCCAUAUGGACUCCUCCCUAAGCAUGAACCAUUCACAUCACUGGAGACAUAAUGGACCAGACACAGUGAAGAGCCAAUGAUAUCUGCUGAUAACUUUAAAUAAAGAUUUGUUUUCUUUGCCAUACUUUGUACAUAGCUCAUUGGAUGGAUUUAGAGUUAUAAAUAUAUAUAUAUAUGGACUGACCAAUCAGAUCGCCAGCUGUUGUGCUCCUUCAAACUGAAGAGUGCCACUCCUGAUUGCCCCGUGAUGCACCAAAGCCCUAGAAGUGUGUGAUCAGCUCCUCAGGCACUGUAACUUUCACUGAGUGUGUCCAGUUUUAAGUGCUGAUCCUGUGCCUCUGUUAGUCGCCAUUUUUAUAUUUGAGAUGUUUGUGUUAAUGAUUACAGUCUAGUUGCCGAAAGAAGCAGCUGUUCUUUUCACCAGAAGUCCACACUAGGCAGGCUGAAAACCUUUAACGCACCUCUGGAGACGGAUCCAUGAGCCAGUCCAGCUAAACAUGACAACAUUGAUAUUCUGCUACAGUUUAAACAAAUCCUGCUACAACUUUGUUGCUUGUCAGUCAUAAUAACAGCUGCAUGUUUUUGUUGACGUAUUUACAUAAAGCACCAGAACAUUGAUGAAGUCCUCCACAGUAGAGGUGUGGUUAAAAUCAUCUGAUAUAACUGAAACUGUACAUGACUGUAUUCUAAAAAUGACUUUUAUUACAUGUUUACAGCAAAGAGAAUAGUUUUUGUACUGGCAUCAUAGAUUGAUUCUGAAUCUGUCUUCAACAAUGCAGUAACAUUUAUUAAAUAACUUUGUUUUAUUUGACACGAGCAACAAGUCAAAUACAAACGGCAUAAAACUCUCAAAUAUAAAGUGACUGCUGGCAGAAGAGGCUCAGGUGGAGUCUAGUCAUGUGUGUCGUGUGUACCUGUCCAGGUGUUGUGUGUGUGUGUGUGUGUGAGAGAGAGAGGAAUGGCCGGUGCACGCUAUCGUCCAUCUGUUGUCUCACCUGUUUAGUAGAUUGUUCAUAUACGGUGUGUGUAUAUUUAUUGUGUGUGUGUGUGUUGGGGGACAUGUAUGUGCGCUGCCAAAUCCGUGUCCGAGCUAUGCACACAAAUUGUUCGAUGCUGAAUAGAUGAAUGAAAUAAGUCUAUUGGAUUUAUUUGUUUAUUUAAGUGUCAGCUGCUUCUGCCCUUUGCCCUCCUCCCCCUCCCCUCCACCCUCUCCACCCCCGGCGCACACACACAGUGUGACUCCAGCUUCCUGCUAUUGUUUGACCACUGUACAUACUGAUCUGUAUAUACUCCACAUCAUCUUUGAUUGCCAACUCUAUUAAAAAAGACCAUUAGUGCGGGCUCUCUGCAUGAUGU